CUAGUUGCUAGUUAGCCAGGCAGCGUGUAGUAUAGUUAGGCGGUAUAUAUUUCCUAGAUAUAAGGGAAAACUAGGACGCUGUCACUUUAAGAAAAAAAAUAAAAAUUGGCGUGGACUUUUAAACUUCUCCUGAACACGUCAUUUUAAACUAUUAAAAUAAUCAGUGUUAAAAUACGAAAUGUUUAGUAUGUUUUAAUACCCAGGGAACGACUAAAAUAGGUGUAGGAACACUUUUGAACAGAAUAUACGAAUAUACCUGAGUAUGCAAAUGAGGACACGCCCCCGCAUCCUUUUGCUGUCUGAAAUAGCGAGCUAUUAUUAAAUAUUAGCCUAGUUAGCCGGUUCACGAACUGCUGGUGCAGCAGCUUGCAUUAGUUACAAGAUUCCAGUAACAGAGUCUGGAUUUUACGUCCUCGUUUUGUCACGGAUUUAUUUAGUAGCAGGGUUACCGUGACAACCACAAAUUCAUCCAUAACUGCAUGGUGUUAGUUAUGUUUUCCGCUUAAAAGACAGUUCAUCCUUUACAAUUAGAAUUUCAGACGCGAUUGGUCGGAAGCGGCGUGUAUUCGGGACAUCGUUCACGGGGCUUAUGCGUAGCUCCGCCCACAAACCACUUAAAACAGAUUGAGACGGUUUGUUUUAAAAAUGGGAAAAUGCCAUAUUUAUUUAUUUAUUUAUUUUUAUUUAUUUUUAAACAAACACACCGUAACAAAUUUGCUCGGAUCUAGACAGAAAUUAAAUAAGAAUCGGCAUCCAAAGAACAGUUUAACUUUUAACGUUUAACUAUGUCACACUGUAAACAAACAAACAAACAAACAAAAAAAAUGGGGACGCCGUCUCUUUAAGGGAAAAGUUUCCUGACUUUGAUGGUCAUGUGACCGAGUGUCAACCGCAGCAGUCUGGUCUUUGUACAUGCGUGCAAACACAGAACUGACAUGCUGUGUCAGCGCAGUGUUUGAUGCCUCACACACACACACACACACACACACACACACACACUGUCUCUCUCUGCACUGGGACCUCCUUGUGCUUAUGGAACCCUCGCUGCUGUCUCUUUUGUCAGUGCUGACUCACUUCUUUAUAUUUUUACACACACACACACACACACACACACGAUGUGAUCUCUCUGUACUGCAUCUUUUUUAUAAAAUUUUUUCUCAAUGAUCACCUGAUCAGCUCCACUCUCCGGUGUUUGUGUCACGUUGAAGUGUGUUUGUGUGUGUGUGUGUGUGUAUGUGUUUGCAGUUGGACAGGUAGGACUUUGGAUGCCGCUUCCUUUUCUCAAACUUUUUGUUCCUCAGACAGUGUGAGAGAGAGAGAGAGGCUCGUCACUCGAUGGACAGCGUUUUCAUUUCUCUCCAUCACAUAUUUCAGGAAGGCGUCGCUGAUCAGUUGUUCGAUAUUUUGUGGUCUUCAGCGUUCACGCAUCAUCUCGCUCCUGAGGAGCUGGACAGCGACCGAAAGGAGAAAAGAAACGGAUUUGUUUUCAGGUAAAAGCGCUGUCCAGAUCGAGGUGGAGUAAUGAAACUGGACUUCAGAGCUUUGGGUGGGAUUGAGUGAAACUCCGAGUCCGGCUCUCGGAGGAAACGGAGCAGGAAAAGAGGAAGUGACCCGAGAAGCUUUCUCCUGGUUUUUUUACACUGUUAUAUUUAGUCAUUCGGCACUUGUCAGCACUCGCCGACUCCGAAAGCGGCGUGGGAUCCGACCUCACUACGUUCCGCUCACUAGAACCGAACUUCAGCCGAGAGACGACUUUACCAAAACGACGGCAGCUCCAGGACCAGGACGAGGUUUGCUGUUACCGACGGCGUCGGGACCUACGAUGCUCUGAACAGCAUGAGCAACCCCGCAGCCCCGGACUCCACUUGCCCGAAUUCCUUGCGGCAGAGUUGGGAGGUGAACUAUCAGGAAGCAGCUAUAUAUCUACAGGAAGGGGAGAAUAAUGAUAAGUUUUACACGCACCCCCGGAACCCCCGCGCUCUCAGUGCCUACCUGUUCGUCCACAAUCACCUGUUCUACCUGAUGGAGCUCGUGACCGGAACGCUGCUCAUGCUGCUCUCGCUGUCCGAGGCUCCGGCUGUUCCCCCGCUCCGACUCCACGUCUAUGUUCACGCCACUCUGGAGCUCUUGGCGUUGGUGAUGGUGGCCUUCGAGCUGUGUAUGAAGCUCCGGUGGCUCGGCUUUCACGCCUUCAUACGGCACAAGAGAACCGUGGUGAAGACGAGCGUGUUGCUGAUCCAGUUCGUCGAGGCGAUCGUCGUGUUAGUUCGAAAGACGAGUCACCUGCGCGUGACCCGAGCUCUCAGACCCAUCUUCCUGGUCGACUGUCGUUACUGCGGUGCCGUGCGCAGGAACCUGCGUCAGAUUUUCCAGUCGCUCCCUCCGUUCAUCGACAUCCUCCUCCUCCUGCUCUUCUUCAUGGUCAUCUUCGCCAUCCUCGGCUUCUGUCUGUUCUCCACCAACCCAGCCGACCAUUAUUUUAACACACUGGAGAACAGUAUCGUGAGUUUGUUCGUUUUGCUCACCACUGCGAAUUUCCCGGACGUGAUGAUGCCGGCGUACUCGCGGAACCGCUGGUCCUGCAUUUUCUUCAUCGUUUACCUCUCCAUCGAGCUCUACUUCAUCAUGAACCUCCUCCUGGCCGUGGUGUUCGACACGUUCAACGGCGUGGAGAAAGUCAAGUUCAAAUCUCUUCUCUUACACAAACGCUCGGCCAUCGAGCACGCCUUCCAGCUGCUGGUGAGCCGCCAGAGACCUGAUGGAAUCUCCCUGAGGCAGUUUGAUGGACUGUUGCGUUUUUAUCGGCCGAGAAUGAGGGCGCGUGAUCGCUUCCUCACGUUUAAAGCUCUCAACCAGUCAGGAACACCCAUACUCAGACUGGAGGACUUCUAUAAUGUGUACGAGGUGAUGGGUCUGAAGUGGAAGGCUCGGCGUAGUGGUGAACACUGGUUUGAUGAUCUUCCCCACACGGCUUUCCUCAUUUUUAAAGGAAUCAACCUGGUGGUGAAAUCCAGAGUGUUCCAGUACGUCAUGUAUAUCGUUGUGGCUGUCAAUGGAGUCUGGAUUCUGGUAGAGACCAACAUGUUAAACAGUAACAUUAACUGGUCCCGAAUCGUACCCUGGAGCUACAUCGUGUUCCUCACGAUUUAUGGUGUUGAAGUUCUCUUAAAAAUCACUGGUCUCGGUCCAUUGGCUUACUUCAGCUCUGGGUGGAACCUGUUCGACUUCUCCGUGACGGUCAUCGCGUUUCUGGGUUUGAUCGCUCUGGUCUUCCACAUGGAACCGUUCUACUUCGUCGUGGUUCUGAGACCGCUGCAGCUACUCCGGUUGUUUAAGAUUAAGCAGCGUUUCCGUAACGUGUUGGACACCAUGUUUGAGCUGUUUCCUCGCAUGGCCAGUCUUGGACUGACUUUAAUGAUCUUUUAUUACUCGUUUGCGAUUGUCGGGAUGGAGUUCUUUGCUGAAGUCGUCUUUCCCAACUGCUGCAACAACAGCACUGUUGCUGAUGCGUACAGGCAAAUCAAUGUAACCGUCGGCAACCGCACGGUGCUGCAGGAGGGCUACUACUAUCUCAACAACUUCAACAACAUCCUCAGUAGCUUUGUGACACUGUUUGAGCUGACUGUCGUCAACAACUGGUAUAUCACUAUGGAGGGUGUGACAUCACAGACGACUCACUGGAGUCGCCUUUACUUCAUGACCUUCUACAUCGUCACCAUGGUUGUCAUGACGAUAAUUGUGGCGUUUAUCCUGGAUGCAUUUGUCUUCCGAAUGAACUACAGUCGCAAAAACAGAGAGCCACAAGAUGACUUGGAAGACGAGAAGGGGAUUGUGUUUGAAACGGAAGUGUCUCGUGCUGAAGCUUUACAGACGCUGGAACUUUACAGACACACACUUGCCGGGAUGAAUAUCAGCUCGUUACAGGAAAUGUGUGUGUCCAUGGACAGGAAUGGGCACUCGAGCCUAGUGUUCCAGGGUCGAAGGUCGCGCACUAAAAGUGACCUGAGCAUGAAGAUGUAUCAAGAGGAGAUACAGGAAUGGUAUGAAGAAUAUUCCAAAUCGAAUCUACCUCAGCCUGACCAUGCUCUCCACCCAGAUCUGGACAGCUCUGAUCCCCCACAGAGCAUCAACUGACACACACACACACACACACACACACACACACACACACACACACACACACACACACACACACACGAAUCAUGAACACCUGAUGAUACACACACUCCUGCAUAACUGUUGUCUUUUACGUAGACGAGGGACCUUCUCGGCCAUCUUUCUCCUCCUAAUAAAACCUGCUUCGCGGGUUACCAUAGCGACGACCGCUUCCUGCAUUCUCCAACCACUUCCAGGUCACACCUAGCAGAACUGAUUAGCCAACAGGAAGCCUUGUUUCUCUUCGCAACCGUAUGGUUUUGUGACCAAUCAGGGAAAGACCAGCUGUCGGAUUUCACUCGGGUCCAGGAACCAUUUUAUUUUUUAUUUUUAUUCCUGGAAGCACAAAUGAUCUCGAGUUCCACCGAACUGAGUGUGAAACGAAUCGAACGCAACGGCUCUUAUUUUACACACACACACACACACACACACACACACACACACACACACACAGUUCUUGGAUUUCUGCUAAACCAGAAUGUAUUUAGAAUUCAAAUCUAUUACUGCAGCGUUUUUUCCAGCACAUUACAGUAUAUUGUCAACAUUGUCUUACAUAAGCUCAAUAUUUAAACCUAAAAAACCCCACUGUACUUCUCCUCAGAAUGCUAACUCUGUAGCUUGCAUUAGCAAACGCGCCAUGCUAACCGGUCCUUACUAAUGUUUAUUCAUGAUUAGUCGCCUUUUUUUUUUUUUUUUUUUUUUUUUAGCUCAGAACUUCCGGUUCCACGGCAGUACUCUGGGCUAAAUAAAUCACUGAAUAAAUAAACACACCACAUUCCCCCUCCUCCAUAUCUAAAACCAUAUAAGGAAACCCCUCCCGACGCUAGCGACGCUAAUAGCGCAUUACACGUCUGUCACAAUCCAUCGUGCUAACUCCGCCUCACGAAACGUUAGCAAUUAGGUCCACGUUCUCUAAACGGGCGUCUUCUUAGCUCUUAUCACCCGAAUUUUAUUUCCUUGAAUAGGUUCAUCAAAACGCAGGCCGAUUAUAGCUAUAGCGCUAAUGCUAUGCUAUACGGAUGCACACGAUGCGACAAAAAAAAAAUGAAGUGGAAAGGUUUUUAAACCCUUAUUAAAGUUAUCUAUCUGAAAUCUCCUCAGCUAGCGAGCAGAUUAUCCGUGACUUGCGGUGUAGCUUGCUAGCUAGCUUUACAGCAACGGCGUAGCUAAACAUAGCAGCCACCUGGCAAGAUACGUAGAUGUUUGUCAUUCUGUAAAAAGAAUAAGUAUGAAGGUGUUAAAUAAGGCAGGAUUCGGAUUAAAAAUGUUGGAACUAUCGCCUCAGAUAAACGUUCUAUCCUAACGUUGCUAAUGACCUUUAAAGCUUAGCUUGUGUUAGCCUUUCUCCAUGAACGUUUCACUCACCGUUAGCCGCAUUAGCGACUUUUACAGAGAUCUUUUCAGUUUCAUGGCUGUUUUUUUUUUUCUUUUCUUUUCAUGGGUAAUUCAGCUAAAAGCGAACGCUAAGACCCUGGUCCUUUUGAAAUGAUUGAUCUCUACGCAAGUUUUACUCUGAGAAGCCUGGAGAUCUUCUCCACAGGCGUCUGAUGACCUCUGGUAUUUUAACUCUGUUUUUCGUUUUGUUUUACAUAGACCAAGUUUACUACAUUUUAAGGACAGAAGCGUUCUGUACACAAACAUAUUCGUGAAUAUUUGCUUUACUAGUCGCGUCGUAACUCUGAGUUUCUAUUUAAUUUGAGGUGUAAAGACGUGCGGUGAUGAAGCUGUUCACCUUUCUCCAACACUAAACCUCGAGCCAGAGCUCGACUGACGACCCCGCGGUUUACACACCACUUACACAACUUUUCUAUUCCUGUCCUUUUCUAUAAUAAUGUCUUGAAUCUAUUAAACGGUUCAUUUCGGUGAA